GGAGUACAGAUGCGUCAUCUGCGAGCGGGUAUACUGCUCGCGUAACUCCCUGAUGACCCACAUAUAUACCUAUCAUAAGAGCAGACCCGGCGACAUUGACAUUAAGUUCUUUUGAAGGUUUAGAUAAGGUACGGGCAACGGGAUGCAUCCAGCACCGUCGACGCCUCCCUCUGCCAUGUACCGGAUGCCACCGCCAACGGCGGGUGGCAUAAACGAGCCUCAGGAAUGCCCGUACUGCCGUCGCAACUUCUCAUGCUACUACUCCCUGAAGCGUCAUUUCCAGGAUAAGCACGAGCAAUCGGACACCCUCUACGUUUGCGAAUUCUGCAACCGUAGGUAUCGCACGAAGAACUCACUCACGACGCACAAGAGCCUGCAGCAUCGUGGUUCCAGCGGUAUGCUCAAGAGGCUGCUCAAGAACACGACGAUUAAGAACGUUCUAGGCAGCAUGCAACAGGCUCAGAUGCAGCAGCAGCCGCAAUGAAAAUGUCGGAACCGUCUUACAGUCUCCCCGUCCCGGACUCUCUGCAUCGUCAUACUCAUCAUUAUCGUCAAGGUUCUCGUCUUCAUGCGAUUUUUCGUCGCUCAUCGUCACCCAUGCGCGAUCGGUCACCGAUCUUCGCGGACCAAGACACGCUGCGACGCAUCUGGAUGCAUCAGGGAGCAACGAAACGCGCGUUUCCUGCUUGCCGAGCUGGUACACGUUCGAAAACAGAGGUCGAGCAAAUCGGAGAACGAGUUCGAAGGUACGAAGCGCGUGGAUCGUGGACGAAAGAAAAGGCUCACCUCGAAUACCACUAAUUGGACGAUCGUCGAAAGGAUCGGCUUCUCUUUGCCGGUUUCCCCCUAUGCUCUUCCAUCGGGGAGUUGCGCGAUCGGCGCCCUCCUCCACGUUCCGUAUUUCGUCGUUUUGUAGUUCUCCUCGAGUCAAGACUGCGAUUAAUCCAAAGAAGAAAGAAGAGAAUCGACUGAGACGUAGUUUUGAGAAAAUUUUCGGCUGGUUGAAGGUUGUCGUUGCGCGCGAGCUGAGAAUACAUUCCAUUUGCGUCGGAUUCUAGCCACGCCGAGGCUUGGACCGAUUUUAACGAGAUCUCGAAUGCGACUAACGCUUUGAAACGUUCUAUCAAGGGACUGGUCGUUGAGGGUCGUGACACCGGACAACGUUCCCACAGGCAAAUAUCAAUUCUGGAAAAAACGAGAACGCAGAAGUCGGUUCGGUGACGAGCAAGUAGAACAGACCGGAAUAGUCAGACGUAGAGUGGAAUAUGGUAGACAUCUGUUUUUGAAGCGCGGUAUUGCCUGUUCGGCGCGUUUGUUUGGUCGAGUCCCUAACAGUCCCGCGAAUCAUGUCAAUUUUCAAAUAUCAGCUUGUCAGCGGUUACCGUGCUGGACAAGAUCUGUUCGGUCGUUUUGAAGGUGGGAGGGUUUCGAAACGGCGAUCUCGAAUCGCGCGGCAGGGAAGCACGGAGAAUGCAAGAGCAGCGAAGAACGGAGAUGGUGAUUGAGCGAAGAAUAUGGUGAAGAAUUGCGUGAAUAGAGAGUGCGUGGAUUAUGCUUGUACGUCUCUGUCGCUAGUUUAGGCGCGCGCAUAUAAACGAGCAAGAGUUUCUUCGUUGUUGGCGUGAAGGUUUACGAGUGUUUGGGAAUCGUAGAUCGAGGAUCUUAGGCCUAAGUGAAAAUCAAUUAAAAAGUCUACAAAUAUGUGCUCAAAUUUCGGAAAUCGGGAAAGAGAAGUAAACGCCGCGAAUUGAAAGGAAAGCGACGAGAAACGGUCGGUUUGUGGUCGUGGGUGGGGAUGGAAAGAGUUUGGGGUUGCCAGGAAAAGGGCGGAAGGAGUAUAGCGAAUAAACGAAGUAAGCCGAGCGGAGCAGGAUAAAAAGGAAUGGAUAAAGAGAGGAAAGUUUCGCGUGGAGACGAAGGAACAGA